AGCAGUUGCCAGCAGCAGAAGCAGAAGCAGGAGCCCAGCCUGACAGAAGCAGGAGCCCAGCCUGACGCAAACCUGCCAGCAAGUAGCAGCGCCCCGAACACGAGGCAGGCGCCCCGGCGCGCGCGGUCGCAGCUGCCUCUCCACCCCAGAAGCCCCGGGCUGGCCCAGGAGAGGGAGCACAAAGGCAGGCGGCUGCAGCGGCGGCACAGAGCGGACCAUUCCAUCUCUGGUGCCACAGAUGCGCGGUUCGUUCCCAGCGCCCCACCUGCGAGCGCGCCUGGUUGGUCUGAGAGAGGACUGGUGGAGGAAGAGACGGCAGCAUCAGCAUCAGCAGCAGUAGCAUCAGCAUCCUUAGUCCUGCUCUUCGCGCGCCCCUCCCCCGCCCUCUUCGCCUCCCACCCGCUGUCUCCGAGAGGCAGCAGGGCUACGAGGGAACCCAUCGAGGGUAAUAUGUCCCCGCGGCGACUCCUCCCGAGCGUGUCCUUGGCCCUGGGUUCGGCGUCUCAGCUCCUCCUUGUUUCUUCUGCUCCCGCCGCUGCCACUUCUCUCUUUAGCUCUCUCCAUCUCCAUCCCUGCCGCUGCCACUGUUCCUGAUGGAUGCCGGGGAGUGCUGCAUUGCUUAAGCGCUUUUCCCUCACCUCCCCUUUCGCUGGUAGGGUAGGGGCCCCAGUUGCUGCUCUUUCGCCUCUCUUAAUUUUGGAGUGUUUAUUGACUAGCAGGAGACAUUUUCAUUUUCUUUCUCCCUUCAUUCCUUUUCUUCUUUCCCCUCCACCCUGAGACGAUGUAGAUUCACUGGGGAAAGAUCCCACCUAGGCGGGAGUGGGGCUAGGAGCCUUAGAUAAAAGGCUGUAAGAAGAGGAGGGAGGAGAGGAGGCGGUGGAGGGGGAGCCCACGCUGCUGCUGCUGCCACCGCCACCUCCACCAAAAAUUUUGCUGGUACCAUAUGAGAUCACUGUAUACCAAAGGGAAAGAGGACGACAGCCAGCGUUACCCGAAUCCCUCUACUUGGAUCAAAGGGAUUUUAAAAACAAACCUAUAGCUCGCCUUUUUUUUUUCUAAUUUGUAAAUUAAGUAAUGACAAAAAGAUGCAUCUUUGAAUCAGCAAAAAGAUAAGUAAGCUCCCUCCUCCUCCUCUUUUCUUUUCUUUUCUUUCUUUUUUUUUUCCUCCAAAGAUUCUCUCUCCCCGCCCCGGAACUCUGCUGAAGAGCCACUUUAUUAUUAAUCAGAAUUCCCAUCUUUAUCCUGGGCUCUUCCUUCAGUGGGGACUGCAGCACCAUCAGGGUAUUGGGUCUGAGAUGUGCAUGAGGGUUGUUUUUAUUAUAUCUUAGAAGAGAGAGGGAGACAGUAGCAAGACCCCAGGAGCUCUUUAGGGGUAGUGGAAGAGAGCAGAAGAGUGCUGGGAACCACAGGGGGACACUUCCCCCAAAGAGAAGGAAGCAGGAGUGGGACGUUUUUCUUUGGAGAGGGGGAGUGGAGUGUGGUGGGAGAUAGGUAGGAGCAACAGGGUACCACAUCUGAUACGAAACAAAUUAUUUCCUGUAAAGGAAAGGGAGGCAGCCCUAGUAGUAGCAGCCAGGAUCCAAAGGGUUGGGGUGUGUGGCAGAGGCCAGACUGGUCAACAAGGAACACGAAGAGACAAGGAAUUGGAGCACAAUGACUCAUUUACAAGCAGGUCUAUCUCCAGAGACACUGGAAAAAGCCCGGCUGGAGCUGAAUGAGAACCCAGACACUUUGCACCAGGACAUUCAGGAGGUGCGGGAUAUGGUCAUUACCAGGCCAGAUAUUGGUUUUCUUCGAACUGAUGAUGCCUUCAUCUUACGCUUCCUGCGGGCCAGGAAGUUUCAUCACUUUGAAGCUUUCCGCCUCCUGGCCCAGUACUUUGAAUACAGACAGCAGAAUCUGGACAUGUUUAAAAGCUUUAAGGCUACUGACCCUGGCAUCAAGCAGGCUUUGAAGGAUGGCUUCCCUGGAGGAUUAGCCAAUCUUGACCACUAUGGCAGGAAGAUCCUAGUCCUCUUUGCAGCCAACUGGGACCAGAGCAGGUACACCUUAGUGGAUAUUUUGCGUGCCAUACUUCUUUCUUUGGAAGCCAUGAUUGAAGAUCCUGAGCUACAAGUGAAUGGAUUUGUUUUAAUCAUAGACUGGAGUAACUUCACCUUCAAGCAGGCCUCUAAACUUACACCAAGCAUGCUGAGAUUAGCAAUAGAAGGUCUCCAGGACAGUUUUCCAGCUCGAUUUGGAGGAAUUCAUUUUGUCAAUCAGCCUUGGUACAUCCAUGCCCUGUACACUGUCAUAAGGCCUUUCCUAAAGGAGAAGACGCGCAAAAGGAUAUUUCUGCAUGGAAAUAACCUGAACAGCCUGCAUCAACUCAUUCAUCCAGAGAUUCUACCUUCUGAAUUUGGAGGGAUGCUACCCCCUUAUGAUAUGGGUACAUGGGCAAGAACACUGCUAGACCAUGAGUAUGAUGAUGAUAGUGAGUACAAUGUGGACUCCUACAAUAUGCCAGUGAAAGAAGUAGAGAAAGAACUAUCUCCAAAAUCCAUGAAGAGAUCUCAGUCAGUAGUGGAUCCUGCAGUGCUAAAACGCAUGGAUAAAAAUGAAGAAGAAAACAUGCAGCCUUUACUUUCUCUGGACUAAGAAUCUAUUAACAUCACCAAUAAAUUGGAAUGGAAGGUAUUCCCUUUAGGCAAGAAGUAAACCAUUGGGGAAGAAUGUACCAGCUGGGAAUCUAUUUAUUCAUAUUAAUGUAGCAUAAUGUAAUAAGGCAGCAGGUUUUCCCAGUGUGCCUAAAACAUAGGUGACCUGGGCUGGAUUUUUUUUUAAAUCAAUAAUUUAUUCUGUAAGUGCCAACUUGUUUGUAAAUACAAUGUAAGCUCCACUUCACUUUUGUUAGUCUUGAUAGCAGCCUAGUUUGGAAAAGGAUGACUCUUAAGUCCCUGUCACAUACACACACACACACACACACACACACACACACACACACACACAGACACAGACACACACUCACUCCACACUGUAACCAAAGGGGUAAAACACAUGAAAAAGAUCAAAGCUAAUUAAAUACAGCCCUGUUUCCUAUGAAGCCAUACUGCAGCUAUCAUAGUGACACUACUACAUCUUUUUCCUCUGAGAUUCUCUUUCACUAUGUUAAUACAUUUCUUCCUAGGGAAAGGGAAAUGGAUAAUCUUGGGAAAUAGUAUUAUUAUUGCAAAUUUCCUAGACUGAAAUGAUCAUUUCACAGGAAACAUGCCCUGAGAUCUUCACUAGCCUUGUAUUGGUGAGACAAAGGAUUGCAGUUGAGGAUGUAAACCAAACUUUUGAACUGUUUUUGGUUUGAGUCUUUGGGCACUGGGAAGUGGCAUUUUCCUCUCAGUUAAGAUGUAGAAUUUGGGAACAGUGUGGACUCUUCUCAGACUUCUGUCUUCACAAUUGUUCUUUAUUGAAGGCUCCAUUGUAUUUUGUCUACUAUACUUGGGGAACUUUUUCUCAAAUCUCAUCAACCAAGAGGAAGACAACUCAUAGAAGCCGAAUGUUUUGACAACUAAUUUUAAACACAACACUUUCAAUUAGCAGGCAAGGGGCUAAUUUCUGAAUCAUGUGAACUGGUUGGUUAAAAAAUACAUAUAUAUAUAUAUAUAUUUUUACUGAGCUCUAAAGAAGAGGCGUACUAAUUAAGGAUCCAUAAACCCCAUGAUAGUUGUUCAGUGUGCGUAGAGAUGUUAUAGAUUUUCAUAUGAGGUAUUGCUGAAACCUACUUUAACUAAAGGUCAAUGUAAACCAGGUGUAGUGAAACAGACUCUCAGUGACUGUUUAAGGGUACUAAUUUUAUCUGUAAUGUAGUCUUGAACAUGUGCCAUAUUGCUGAAAUCCUUUUUACCUCAGAGGAGCAACAGAUCUUGAUAUACAUAUUUAAUGGCAUUCAUCAACUGUAUUUUUAUCAAAUUGACCCAACAUUAGGUUUCCAUCAUCCACUUGAAUCUCUGUGUAGGAAGGGAGAAAUGAAUGGACAAAUUACAUUUCAGAGUUAUAGCUAAAUCACCAAAGCUAGUGUGUGUGAUGUAGACUAAAACCAGCUUUGGGGUUCAUCUCAUUUUUUAUGGAUCACCAAUGAAAGGGAACUCUUCCAAUAUGGUGUCAAUAUUUUCUUUUGUUUAAACUCCUAUUGUCAGGGAAAGGAAUCAAAGUCCCUAUCACUCUUUUGGGCUUGGGGCUUAGUGGACAAAAACUAUAUAUUUGGGGAUGAAGAGAAGAGAAAGAUAGUAACUCAACAAGUUUUGGGGAACUGGAAGCAAUAUGGUUUUAUUGCUCCCUUUAUAAGGACUUUUACACUCAAGGUCUCCUUUCCCAAAUCUAACCUAACUUGGACAUCUGGAUCAUAUCAGAAUCUGUAGCCAAAACAGGAGAGAGAUGCAGUUUUCCUUUUCAUAUUGAUCACUUAAUCAAUUUGCAUGGAAUAUUUUAGAUCAUAAUGCCUUGGAACAUUAGUCUAUUUUAAAAGUAUUGGGGAAUAAAAAAACAGUGCAUUAAUUGGUACACUUCAAAGUAUGUUAAGAAAUUGCUAAUAAAUUUGAAUUAAUAAUUUAUUAAAUGCCAAUUUCUCUUCAGUGUCAGAAAAAGCACUUACUGUAUCAAAUAUUCAGCUCAACCUGCUAAUAAUUUAAUGCUGAAAAUGAUUUGGAAAUAAAGGAUCAUGGACCUUUCAUUUCUUAUUUAAUGAUUGUACUUCUAAGUGACCCCGAAUGUCUAUGUUUUUAUGUUUGUAUAUAUGGCAGACAAUUUGAAGCCUUGGGCUUCAUACUCUUCACAACUUUUCACAAGUCUACAAGUUGUAGUUCCCAGACUUAUAAUUGGAUGGUGGUGGGGAGGAAAGGAUAAUAGUAGCAAACUAAGUAGAGUCGACUUCCAAUGAUCUUUGUGUGGCUUUUCCUUUAAUGGACUAUCCACAACUUAAAUUUGCAAUUGUUGGCCACCUUUCCAGUUCCAGAAAAUAUAUUCUGAGUCCCUUACCUUUAUCAUGCAUCCAGAAUGUGCUCGAAGAAUGUGAACUCCUUUAAAAUGGACCUAAGAAAUUAUAAAUAGGAUGGUAAUUCUUUUGAUAUAUUUAAAAUUCAAAUGUUAUUCCCCCUAUCUCAACUUUGGGAUAUAUGCAGUGUUAUACUGCUGCAUGAGCAUAGCAUGGAAAAAAUGAUAGUUGAUUCUAUUUCUUAAAACAUCUAAAAAUGAAUAGAUGAAGUAUAAUAGUGAUGCCUUUUGAAAUUACUUUGUCUAAGUGUUUCAAAAACUAAGCUCAUUGGCCGAUGACCUCUUUGAAGUUGCUUAGUUAAGAGAUGUACAUUCAACUUUAUGAAUCCUUUUCUUACUAUUGCUUAAGUAGCAGUUUGUUUGGGAGCCAUUUGAGUGGCUUUUCUGUGACCUGUGUCUUUGUGUACUGUCAAACUUAGUUUCUAUUAAUUAGCAUUUGUAUUUUCAUUUUUAAAAAAAAAGUUGUUGUAGGCUAUCGAUAUUUGACUGUUUACCCUAUUGAAGCUGCCUCUCAAUUUCAAGAACAGUGGUAAGCUUUCUAUAGUGGUCUUGUGACUGAAGAUGUGUAUGCCUGAAAGAGUUUCACUACAUUUGGUUUGGAAUAUAGCCCAGCAGCCUAUUUCUUCUUCUCUUCCCUCUUAGUCCUCCUUCAUUUCUUCUCUCUUGUUCACCUUCAAGUUGCUUGAUUGGCAGCUGGCUAAAGAAAAAUAAAUAACUUCUCUUCUCA